AUGCAGGUACAUAUUUUUUCGCUCAUCGUCUGGUGCAACGUCUCUACAAUUUCAGAGUCGGUCUGCAUCAACGCGCAGGACGCCGGUCAUCGUUGCAAUGGCUACGCACCGGUCACUAGCUACUACUUUGAUCCUGUGGCUGAGAAAUGUCGCAGCUUCAUGUUCAACAGCUGUGGAGGUAACCUGAAUCGCUUCCUCGACGAGCGGUUGUGUUCGUCAUUCUGUUUACCGUAUGUCUAUAAACAUGCGCCUGAUAUUUUCAUUGAAGAGUUGGUAUGCGGUCAACAUGCCGAUUCAGGGUCGAAAUGUGGCUUUGCUCAGAUCCGCUUCCACUUUGACGUAAAAAAGGGAUCCUGCCAACCUUUCACUUUCCUGGGCUGUGCCGGAAACGAAAACAACUUUGUGUCACAAAAGUCGUGUGCCGCGUUUUGCCCCGAAAAUGUUGCGUGUCCGAAUGGUCAGAUCCCUCUCCGGGCAGCUGACACCGGCUGGCCAAAGACUUGCGAUGAACGCAAUGCCUCAAGCUGUCCUCAGGGAUAUUCGUGCCAGACGAACCUCGCCGGCGCCAACGUUUGUUGUUUGUCGCUGCCGGUUUGUGCCAGCGGUCGAACUGCGCUUCGGAACAACGAAACCGGCCAGCACGUGCGUUGCAAGCCCGACCGAUUUGCGUGGUGCCCCGAGGAGUACACUUGCGAACUCAUUCCUCAGAUGGACUACUACUGCUGCAGAGAUCCUGGGUUGAACGAAACGUGCCCACGGGACAGCAGCCCACUGCGCUCUCGCAGUGGAAAGGCGACCGUACAGUGUUUCGGCGGCAACCGAGGCUGCCCGGUAAACUACUUUUGCCAUUUCAACAAAAUCUACAGUCAUCACUACUGCUGUCUAGACACGCGAGAGGACCAAAAAUGUCCGGACGGCUCCGAAGCACUGCUCGACCGAUGGUCAGCGGUACCGAAGGUUUGCAAUCCGUAUCGCAGUCUGUCUUGCCCGGACUACUAUCGAUGUGUUUAUAACCCAAGUACUGGCAAUUUCCAAUGCUGCUACGCCGAGCUUGGGGCCCGGUCUAAAGACGCAGCGCCAGAAGAUAUGAUGAAAAGAAGCUCGUGCCUGUUCGGUCUGGAGGCAGUGAUCGACAACGCUACUAAUCUGCCCGUUGUCUGUUCGACCCACUUCCCCGGCGUCUGCCCGUUUUCGUCCAUCUGUCAGUACAGUCCAAAGUUUUGGCAGUUUGUCUGCUGUACGGAGAUCGUCCAACGAAUCGCCGUAACGAAGGCUCUGACAUCUUACUUUCCUGGACAACAAGGCUGUUCCACGGACAAACAAUGCUCUUCGGUGUUCCACAGGGCGUACUGUCGAAACCAGACCUGUCACUGUCCGUCUGAUCUCCUGCGUUACGAAAACAUCUGUGGUAAGGUCUUGGCUUUGAAAAUUAAACGACCACGCAGAAAGCGUCAAUAAUG